AUGAAGCUCAGCGUGGCAUUGUUCUUUGCGGGCCUUUUCGGGGCCCUGGCGGUGGUCUUCAUCCUUCUCUCGUUCGGAACUGAUUACUGGCUGCUGGCCUCGGAAAGUUGUUGGAAACCUUCUGAUAACGACGGCACUGCUGUGAAGGUAGAUACGCCAGUACAGAAUGCUACCAGUGGGGUCAUUUUGUACCACGAGGGCUUUUUCUGGAGGUGUUCUUUUGGAGGCAACAUGCAAGAGGAAGAUCUGCUAUGGACGCUUUGGUUCACAAAUCAACCUCACUCCAAAGUGUGCAUGCACUCCUACCUCUUCCCAUUCCCUGUGUCCCAUCACACCCACAAUGCCACGGCCUAUGAAUCCGCCAUCAUCUACAGAGGCUUCUGGAGCAUCUUCAUGCUCAUCGGCGUGGCUGCCGUGGUGCUCGCAGGUUUUUUCAUCAUCUGCGCUGCUCCCUUCGCCAGCCACUGUUUGUACAAGACGGGAGGUGGCUUCUUCUUGGCAUCGGGUUUCUUCCUACUGUGCGUGGUUGUGAUGUACGUGCUGUGGAUCGAGGUGUUGGACGUGGUAGAUGUCUACGUGAAUUAUCAGCGUUCCACCAUGUGUCCGGACUUCCAUCUAACUCUCCACUAUGGCCUUUCCUUCAUGUUCGCCCCUAUUGGCAUUUUCUUCUCUUUGCUGGCCGGCCUCCUCUUCCUCCUGAUCGGCCGAACCGUCAAGGUUUAUUAUCAUUAA